AUGUCGGUGGUCUACGGGGCUGGCCAUGUUUUCCUGAUUAAUACUGAGGGGGGUUAUUCGUCACAUCUGUCAAACAUUGACUGCCACCUUGGGAAGCUUCGCAUGGAGCUGUUCGGCUUGGGUCUCCAUAAGGCGUCUCUUUGCACAGUCCUGGCCUACUACGAAGAGUCUGGGUAUGCCGAGCCAGAAGAUCCUUCUGCCGAGACCAUGGCAAGCUGGGCCAAGAAGUGCCAUGGAGAGCUGGUGGAUGGCGAAACCAAGGAGAUUCUGCAGGAGUGUAUUAUGAUGGGCGUUUUGGAUACACAGCAGUGGCGCCGACAAGAGCACAUGCGGGAAGGCUCGUUGCACUGGUCUCCUCUAUUGCGGAACGGCGGUCGGGACGAUAACCUCAUCCGCUACGUUCCCGAGUAUUAUAAGAGCAGAAGUAACGCAGUCGACUACAAUGCAGAGGCGAUCAUUUACCACGGGGGCUACGGGGAAUGGGGAAGCGGUCGAGACGUCAGCCUCGCCGACAUCCAGAAAACCCCACGGGCUGUGGUGGGCACUGCCAAUUACGCAUAUAAACACCUCUUCUAA